UAGAAAACUUGAUAACCCUUUUCCCCUAUCAUCAGAUAGACCCUCCCCAUUCGAGUUGCUCUGAGAAAAUGUCGGGAGUUUGGGUUUUCAAGAAGGGCGUGAUCCGCCUCGAGAACCCGCAGGCAGACGUGCAUGGCAGCACCGGGCAGAGGAAGGCCUUGGUGCACUUGCCGACAGGUGAGGUCAUCUCAUCUUACUCGUCGCUCGAGCGGAUCCUUAGGGGCCUUGGGUGGGAGCAGUACUCCGGCGGACAACCUGACCUCUUGCAGUUCCACAAGCAAUCUUCCAUCGAUCUCAUUUCUCUCCCUAGAGACUUCUCCAAGUUCAACUCCAUCCACAUGUAUGACAUCGUCAUCAAGAACCCUAAUAUGUUCCACGUUCGCGACACAUGA